AUGUGCGGCCAAGAUCGGCCAAGCGGCUCACGAUAUCAGACACAGGCCUGCUUCAAGCCAGUGGACAAGAAGGUUGCAAAGGAGGGAGAUCUGGUAGUGGAAGAGUUCCCCAUCUCUUUUGGUGGCUACGACUACAUCUACGGGCGCAUUGCCUAUGUUGUUGGAAACUCGCCCGCGCCGGUCAUCCUCGUCCACCACAACUACGCCGGUUUGAAGCAGUUUGACAUCGAUCAGGCGUGCUUUCUGGCGAAGGUGGGAUACGUGGGCUUGGCUGUGGACUUGUACAAAGAGACCCCGGCUUACACCUACCAAGAUCGGGCCUUAAACUCUGGGCGGAUCGUUGACUUCGAGGGCUUUUGUGCCGCUGCGCGUGCGGAGAAUCCCAUGGAGCGUGAAGACGCGCAGUACCCCGACGAGGAGCUCCAGGGCUUCUUCGGUAUGAUGCCCAAAGACCCCAAGGACGAUGGCAAGGUGCACUGGCAGGGUAUUCGCCACUUCAUCGGAGCGUUUCGCCAGAUGAACGCACUUCUGCGGGCACCAGGCAACUGGCGCGGGCUUAUGGAUGCAUUUCUGCAGAAGGCCUUUGCUCACCCGGCCGUCAAGGCUGGCCAUGCCGCGGCUAUCGGCUACUGCCUGGGCGGCCAAAGCUGUUUGGAGCAGGUUCGCGCAGGGCACCAGAUCCAGGCUAUUUGCAGCUUCCAUGGCUUGCUGCACUCGAGGCCCACGACCGAAGCAGAGCCCCUCAAUUCCCUGAAGCGCAUGUCCAAGGAGGACUUUGACAAGGAACUUGCUAUUCCCAACACGUACAACACGGCUGCCCGCGUGCUGAUUCAAAACGGGGCAGAGGAUGCGGAGGUUCCUGCUGAUACCAUCAUGGACUUCAUGCAGGAGAUGGACGCCCAAGGCAUCGACUGGCGCUUCGAAAAUCAUGCUCGCGGCCCCCACGGCUUUGCCUUGCCCAAGGGGAGCCCAGGCGGUGAUCACUAUACGGAGAGCAUUGAUCGCCGGUCGACACUGGCGAUGCUGAGCCUGUUUGCCGAGACCUUCCCGAGCUUUCCGCAAUUUCCAGUGGAGUGCAAUGCUGCGGGCUGCAAGUUGGGGCAGAGGAUUUUGGUGGAGGGCGACACCGCCCGCCAGCGGCAGCGGGCCUCCGUCAUGGCUGUUGGAAGUUUCGUGGCUGGCGCGUUUCUCGGGGUGCUGGCGUUGAAGGUGAGCAAGUCGAAGCUUUGA